AUGGCAUCCUUUCCAUCUCCUCUCGAACGAACUGUAGCUUCAGCUCUUCUCCUUCUCUCCACUCCACCUUCAAAGUUGAUCAGUUGUUGUGACGGCAAGAGGACAGGAAAACCAAGCAUGAGCGAAGAGAGGUUGAGCUUGAUGUUGUCGACUGAAUCCAAAUCCUGCACUUCCUCUCUCACCAAUGAUCAGUUGUCAUCUCGAAAGCAAAAGCUAAGAAUCAUCGCUGCUGUGGCUCGCUGCCAAGAAAUCAAGCUCAAGGUGGUGAAGAAGAGGCGCUCGAAGAUCUAUCGGAGCUCCAAUAACCGGAAAAUCUCAUCCAUCAAGUCAUUAAUUUCAUCCAAUAUAGCCACGGUUGAGAAGUCGUGCUUGUCGAGCAGCUCCAGCGGCAUCUCAUGCGCGCAAAGCAAACGUAAAACAACCAAAGCUGAGAAAAUGAAGGCAGCCAAGAAAAGCGAGAGGCGCAGCGGCAGCUCGACUCACAUGCGGUGCCGAGCCGAAGCCAUUUUGAAAUUGCUCUCUGGCGGUUGCUUCUCUGAGGUUAACAUUCGCCGAGUGCUAGGUGACAGCCCUGACACUAGCAAAGCCCUUCGAAUGUUGUUAAAGCAGGAAGAAGUGAAGAGAUCAGGAACAGGAGGGCCAAAAGACCCUUAUAUUUACACGAUAGCAUGA